CCGGUGGCGGCGGCGGAGGAGCCCAGGUGGCGCGGGUCCCUGGUUCGGGGCUGGGGACCCCUGGCGAGGAGCCUGGCAAGUCUGGGGACCGGGAGACCGAGUCUCUGCUUCCUUGUCAGCGUCGUCCCUGAGGAUUUGAACUCUAAUGGGUCAGGCAGGGUGGGGGCUUCGGACGUUUUCUGUCCCCGCGUGACGCUGCGUGUUCUCUGGAGACACUGGGGUCGGGGACGCCGCCCUGGGGGACUGGCUGUCCUCGAAACUCUCGGGAGCGCUUUGCCAGCCCCGAGCCGAGGCUGCUGAGAACCAGCCCUCGACCUCUACUUGAGGGUCCUUCCUCUGAAGACGUCACCAGUGUGUGGAGCCUGCCCCACACCCACCCCCUGCCAAACCACGGCCUUUACCUGUGUCUUCCGGUGUUUCCCGUGCGACCCAUCCUGUGGGAGUGCCUCGUGGGCUGCCCCAGAGCUCACCCCACGCUCAUCGGCGCCAAUGGUGAAGAUGACAAGAUCCAAGACUUUCCAGGCAUAUCUGCCCUCCUGCCAUCGGACCUAUAGCUGCAUUCACUGCAGGGCUCACUUGGCCAAUCAUGAUGAACUCAUUUCCAAGUCGUUCCAAGGAAGUCAAGGACGAGCAUACCUCUUUAACUCAGUAGUUAAUGUGGGCUGUGGGCCUGCAGAGGAGCGAGUGUUGCUAACAGGACUACAUGCAGUUGCAGACAUUUACUGUGAAAACUGCAAAACCACUCUGGGCUGGAAAUAUGAACAUGCUUUUGAAAGCAGCCAGAAAUAUAAAGAAGGCAAAUACAUCAUUGAACUAGCACACAUGAUCAAGGACAAUGGCUGGGACUGAUCCGACACCAUCUACCCAACCCAGUGUCCAUGUGAAUGCCAUCUAACUGAACAUUCUACCCAAGCGUGAGAGAGUGACUGAACACUUGGUUCCAUCCAUUUAGGGGCCUUCCCAUCUGGGGCAUCCUCCCACACUGACACCAUCUUUCUGGUGACCGGCCUCUAAAUUGCCGUCUCUCUGUCUCUUUGCUUUGUAUCUGUUUGUGAGUUGAUCCUGGCUUCUCUCUCUGUUCUAGUGUUGGCUGAAAACAAAAACAACAAAAGGAACAGAUCCUUGACCACAUGGCGGCAGCCCACCUUGGAAAGGGCCCCCGGGGCCCAUGCAAGAGCUGCCUGAUGGCCUCUUGUCAGGAAAGCAGUGACGUGGCACGUGGGCAUUAGCAAGAGGGAAAGGGGGGAAUCCCAAGGGUCCUGGGAAUGGGCAGAGGGUGGGAGGGUGGAGGUAGGAACAAAAUUGCACUGCUCCUGGAGACCUGGUAACUUAGGCUUGAAAUAAUCAACCUGUCUAAAAGGACAAAGAGAAAAAAAAUAUACCUCAUGGCUGCAAUAUCUCUGAUCAGAAGCUUCUGUACGUGACACCACGUGUGCCAGGAUAGCAAAUGAGCACAAGCAGUGGCCCUAAUUCUAGCUGACAGGGCAAGAACCUAGUUCUCUUGGGCUGAGCUGGGGCAUGUACUGGCAGCAGUGAGUGAGGUAGGUGAGGCCCUGAUGAGUUCUGAUCUGGUUCCUCACUCGGCCCCUGGGCAAUCAUCUAUGCUUCCUUAGCCACUGCGUGUGAGGACAGAGGACACUGGCAUUUGCAAUGUACGCAAGAUGCAAAUGUCCCAAAGGCUUUGACCAGCAACCAAGUAAAAUCAGGAAUUGAGGCAAGCAGCGAAUAAGAGAGGGGCUGGUGCUUGGGAGCUCCUAAAKAAAUAGCUCAGAUUUUGAGCCAGAAAAAUUAAAAGUAGAAAUAUUAGCAAUGCUGACCGUCUAYCCCUUUUUCCUGACCCUUAGCAAUACUGAUUCGUAUUGCCAGGGGAAGAAGCUGACUGGAACAGUGUGAAGAAUAGUUCAGAUUUGAACCAGUCCAGGUUAGGUGCAUCUUUGCUCUUUGGAUACGCAGUGGCUUUGGUGGGAUCAGCAAUUCUUUGUAGUGUUCAGGGUGUUUUCUCCACCUCCAUGUUGCAGACUGUGGAAGAUAAAGGCCUUGAGCCUAGGGAUCACCUGGUUGGUUACUCUUCUUGGACCUUCAGUGUCUUAUGUGGAGAGAAAUCUGUCAGACUGRUCCAGCAAUGAGGAGGGGUUACAAAUCCCAAUAUUACCCCCUUUCUCCUCCCCCGCCCUAUGCAAUCUUCAGAGCAUUAGGGAAGUGAAGAACAGAUCCCUAUAAGGCGUACAAAAAAARAGUUUGAUCCAUUUCAUCAACACUGUGAAAGUCUCCUGCAGCAGUUCAGCCAGGUACAUGGUGCAGGACUGAAACUCUAAUCUCAUUUCUUAGACUGAAAAUAUUAAGAUGCUUGCAGAUGAGGUAAUUCAAACCUUCUAGUCCUCCAAACAGGCUGCUCCUAUAGGAAAAUUCACCUUAACAGCCUCACAAAGAGUGGGUUCAUGGAGAUAAGAAUUUGUAAAGUUGGUUAAGAGUAAAGCUGCAAACCCUCAGACAUUUUCAGAAUCUCAUCACAACAGAAUGAAAUUCCCAUAAGAAAGGAGUCUACGAUGGAAAUACCUUUUGUGUCUCCAUGUGCUGACUGUAGAAUGGGAGAUUUGAGACAGUCAUGGUCCUGCCCUGCCCCUGGCAGAUGGCAGGAUGACAGAAAACAGGGUAGUUCCAUGUUUGGCAAUAAGCGUGCCUCUCCUCUUUAAAGACAGAAGGAUUUCUAGAAAUUGAAUUUUGGACUGGCAUGGAGACAUACCACUAUAAUCCCAGCAAUUUGGGAGGCUGAGGUAGGAGGAACUCAAGUUCCAGACCAGCCUCAUCAACUUAUUGA